GUAGAGAAGUUCUUGCGAGAAUGUCUCUAAUUUUCAUCUUGUUUUGUACGUUUUUUCGCAUAAAAGCCGAAGGGGAAUUCUGUGAAAUAAACGCUUGUCAAGCUUUGUCUCGAAGCGAAAUGAAUUUAAGAGAAUUUUCCGAUAGUUUGGAAAACGAUGGUCGCGACGAUCACCUAUCAAAAUUAGAAAGGAGAAUUAGGUCUUUAGAACAACCCGUGUGGAAAAUUUCAACAGCAAACGAAAGGUGGAUAGAAUGCGGAGAAGGACCCUGUAAAUGUACACCGGAACUGAAAUCCGUGUCUUGUUGGCAGAAAAAGUUAUCUGCUAUACCAUCUGAGCAAGUUCUACCCGAGGAUGUUAUAACUUUGGAUUUGGGUAUAAACCAGUUGACGUCAUUACAUAGGAAUGUAUUUAGGUAUAUGACGUAUUUAAGUGAAUUAGAUUUAUUCGACAACAAGAUAGACCAUUUGCCUACUAAUAUAUUCGCAACAUUGAACAGUUUGAAGUAUCUUCGUUUACAUAAAAACCAAUUAGAAGAAUUGUAUCCGGAUUUACUGGUGCAUCAAAUGAAUUUACAAACGUUCGAUGCAUCUGAAAAUGUAUUGAAGAACCUUCCUUCUAACUUAUUUAGAGGAUGUCCUAAUUUGAUGUUACUACAUUUGUCCAGAAAUCAAUUGAAGACUAUUCCGGAGAAUGUUUUUAAUAAAUUAGAAGCUUUGGAAGAUCUGGAUUUAAGUAAUAAUCUUUUGGAAACUGUUCCUAAAUUUGCUUUUGUUGAUUUGGGGUCAUUGAGAAGGCUUUAUUUGGCUGAAAAUAACAUCACUCUUCUACCAACAGGUGUUUUUGAUAAUUUGGUGAAUCUACAUGAAUUGAAUUUACGAAAAAACCAGAUUUCGUAUCUCUCCCCUAAUUUAUUGGAUAAAUUACAAAAUUUGAAGAUAUUACAAUUAACAAACAAUAAAAUUACACAAAUCGGUCAAAAAGAUUUCAUAAGAUUAAGCAACAUUCUAGAAUUACAUUUGGGGCAAAAUUACAUCAACGAUUUGCCGGAGAAUGCGUUUGUCGAAAAUAGAAAUAUGGAAAAGUUAUUUUUAUUUUCUAACAACUUGGAGGAAUUGAAAGAAAAAACGUUUAACGGACUGAUUAGCUUAACCUCUUUGUUGAUAAAUAAUAAUAUUUUGAAAAAUAUUAAUUCUAAAAUUUUUAUGUACACAACAAGUUUACAAAAGCUGCAUCUGGAUAGUAAUAAAUUUCAUUUUUUACCGUCAAAAUGUUUAGAUUACUUAUCUGAAUUAACCGCCAUUAAAUUGGCCAAAAACCCAUGGCAUUGCGACUGUAAUAUCUUGUAUUUAUCACUUUGGAUAAGUAACAACAAGGAUAAAUUAUGGGAUGCGCAGCCAACUUGCAGAGGUCCUGGGAAUUUAGGAGGAUUCCGUUUAGAAGACAUGACCUUCGAUGAACUCUGCGAAGGACAAUGGGCUAGUAUGUUGAAUCUUUCUCCACGUGUACCAGUCAAAAGUAAACCGAUCGAAGAAGACGAUAAAACAACUAAUGAAACAAUAAAUCAGUAGUAGGGUGAUUCCGUUCUAACUGUGAUAUUCAAUGUCCUGUAUUGUUUUUUUGUACUAGUCAUUAAUUAAUAAUCAAUUAAUAAAAAUUUUGUGUUAAUUGAAUAAUUCUUAAGAUAUUUAAACAUUAUUUUUAUACAAUAUAACUUGCCACUUAAAGAAAACUUAUACUACAUCACUUGAAUGUCAGUACCGUGUCAUGUCCAUUCCUAGAAUUUACCGAUAAAUUAUUAAUUUUUUUGUCGUAACAAAUGAUUUAAACUAAUUACCUUAUAAAUUCUAAUGUUUAUGAUCAAACUGAGGAAAAUUGAUGCACUUGUUGUUUAAUAUCUUAAGUUACCAUGUCAGUACCGUGGAUAAAUGAGUCAGUACCGUGGAACUCAAAAUCCGACAUUUGUGUCUUGCUCGUGAUACUUUGAAGUUGUAGUAAAUUCCUCUUAGAGUUUUAUUUUUACAGUAAAAUAGAUGAAUAAUAUGCAUAAAAAAGUUAGAAAAGUUAAAUUUUAAAAUCUUGAAAUUUUGAAUACAAAAAAUCACAGUUAGAACGGAAUCACCCAGUAAUACAAAUUGUACAUUAUUCAAUAAAUUAUUGUUUGUGAUACAAGAAA